AUGGCGGGCGCUUCACUCGAUAUUCCUAAGGUCAAACUCAAUGAUGGCAAGGAGAUCCCUAUUGUUGGAUAUGGCUUGGGCACCGCAAACUACAAGAAUGAUCCUAACUCAGGCAUUGACGAGAGUCUGAUCGAGCUUACCAAGCAAGCUAUCCUCACUGGAUAUCGACAUCUCGACGGAGCAGAAGUCUAUGGAAACGAGCAGGAGCUUGGUGCCGGCAUCAAGGCUGCCGGAGUUCCUCGGGAGGAACUGUUUGUUACCACCAAGAUCAAUGCAAAUCAGAAAAAGAAUGCCCUGGAGGCAUUUGAUAUUUCGUUAAAGAAACUUGGUCUCAAAUAUGUAGACCUGUAUUUGCUUCACGGACCUUGGUUUGCCGACACCGAAGCGGAGUUGCAGGAGAGAUGGGCACAUCUGGAAACGAUCAAGGAAUCUGGUCGCGCUAAGUCUAUCGGUGUUUCCAAUUUCCUCCAGGAGCACAUUGAAACUAUCCUCAAAACUGCCAAGAUCCCCCCAGCUGUCAACCAGAUCGAGUACCACCCAUACCUACAGCACGGAGACCUUGUUCCCUUCUUGAAGAAGAACAACAUUACGGUUGAGUCCUACAGCCCUCUUACCCCAAUCACCACCGCCAAGGGCGGACCGGUCGAGCCAUACUGGAAAGAGCUGGCCAAAAAAUAUGGCGUGACUGAGUCAGAUAUCGGCCUCCGUUGGAUUUUGGAUCAGGGCGUCGUCGUUGUUACCACCAGCUCAAAGACAUCUAGGCUUGAGGGAUAUCUCACGAACCUGCCAAAGUUUAAGCUGACAGAAGAAGAAAUUGCGAAGACCUCUGAACUGGGUGCUCAAAAGCAUGUCCGAAUUUGGUGGAAUGAGAAGUUUGAUGCCAAUGACCGUCGGUAA